CUCUUCAAAAUUACUUUUUAGAGAUAUACUUUUGAACAUGUUUAUAAAUCAAAAUCUUAUUACAUAAAUCAAAUUAUCUCAACUUAAAAAUGGUAUCCGAUAAAUCAAUAUGGUAUUUGAGACAGUGUUGAGACAAAACAAAAUGCAUAGCUUACGGACGAGGGAACGUCAGCUACAGUGAGAUCUGCCACGUCCAGCAUUUCGGAGAUUUUAACCUCCAGAGGCAGUCAUGUCUAACCAAGAUCCUGGGUCCUCAUUACCUGUUGGCCAUCAGUUUGGAGAUGCCAGUAACUUUUUUGACCAGUUGUCAGCAGUUCAAGAUAUCACUCAGCAAGGGAUACCAUCACAACCAGUUGUGACAUGCACAACAGAUGCCAUAGUCACUUCUCAUCCUCAGUUGACAAUCCCCAAUAGUAUUACUAUGAAUCAGGUACCUCCAAACCUCUCACAUACCAACUUAUUACUGAAUGAGGAAUCUGUUAACACUACAAGUGAAACUCUCACUCAGAAUCAAGAAGCUAUGAAAGAAUCUGAAAGUCCAGCAUUACCUGACCAACCAUCUCCAGUCACAAGUCUGCCAGUAUCCUCACAGCAAGCAGUCCCUGUGAUGUAUCCUCCAUGCCGGGAUGUUUCUCCUCAGAAUAUGCUUGAUUCACAAACUACCAUUCCAUUAACUCCACAAUCUAACUUGCCAACCAAUGAAUCCUUGUUUGUUCCUCAAGUUCCUACACCUGAGACCCCACAGAGUGCUUCAUCAUCCCAGUCCGUGCCAACACAACUCACUCCAGUUCAGUCAGCAAUGAUGAUGAGCAUGUCAACAUCAAUGAUGGCUGCUGCUGCCACAUCUCCUAAUACCAGUGUGGACGUGGAAGCAACUACUGUAAAGUUUCAACAAGCCAGUAUCAACAAUGAUGUAUAUCCAAACACUCAGCCAUUAGAAUCAUGUAUAGCAAAACCAGAUAGCUUCAACAUCAGCAAUGCCAUUCCAUCUCCAGACUCUUUUCUGACUCCAGCCACAGAACAAGAUGUGUUUACUGCCAGCCUUCUCUCUAGUGAUGCUGACAGGAGACAUGAUGCCUGGAUCCCUCAGGAAGUCACUCGUCAAGCCUUAAUAGCAAUGUCCUCAAGUCCUCCAGGCACAUAUUUUCCAGAGAAAGAGUUGCUCACCAUGCCAGGAAUAGCUGUGAAGGAAGAUUUUGGUGAUCCAGUUAAAAAUCUAGUUAGAACUUACCUUGGAGAAGAAAUGUCUUCUAAACGAGUAGUGUUAACAGCAGCUUCAGUGACUCAGGAUGACAGAGGACUGCGGCAGUUGAUAGCAGCUGGGUGUUACCAUGCAGCAGUCAAUCUGACCACUCAACUCUUGACGGUAUAUGGCCAGGGUGAAGGUAGAGCAGGCCACCCAAGUAAACAUACAGCACAUUCUAUCCAGCUGUGGUUCACAAGAAUAGCUCUGCUCGUCAAACUUCGCAGGUUUUCUUUGGCAGAAGUAGAAUGUCAGUAUUUCAAUGACCUUGAUGCCCCAGACUUGUAUUUUGAGUUCUACCCUGAGCUCUAUGGAGGCCGGAAAGGAUCCAUGGUGCCAUUUGGGUUUAGAUUACUAGUGGCAGAACUUCCUCAGCACUUAGGAAAGCACACGCAGGCACUUGAUCGCCUUAAUGCUCUGCUGAGGACGUGCAAUGAAAUAAUAAAGAAUCUUAAUAAUGGUCUCAGUGAAGAUGGCACCAGCCUGGAGAUGACUAACAACAUGCGCGAUGACUCCCUCAAGUUGUGGAGGACCAGAAGACACCGGGUCAUGUAUUCCAUCACAAAUUGUGCAGUCAGCUUGAAAGUUAUCAACAACUAUGGUGUGUGUCUCAUGUACACUGGCCGAGUGAGUGAGGCCAUUGCACUUGUUGAGGGUGCAGUCUUCUCACAGCCAGAACGCUUCCUUCAUGAGGCUAUUGUUCUAAAUUUGGCCACUAUGUAUGAAUUGGAAUCAUCCAAUGCUCACCAGAAAAAACUCAAGAUACUUUCUUUAAUUGCCCAACACAAAGGGGAUUCUUUCAAUGUAGCAGCAUUAAAACUUCAACCUCAGUGAACAUUUGCACUAUUUAUGGCUUAACUAAUAAACCUGCUCCUCAUGUAUGUGUGAAAAUUAAGUUUCAGUUUUGUAUCCCAAGACUGUAUCAUAGAAUAAAUUUCAACGUAUGCCAAGACAACUUUUACUUACAAGUGAAAUGUAGUAUAUAUUUUAUGAGUUAUCAUUGUAUCAUUAUAUUCAAGAAGUACUAUUAUAUAAUUACUUUUUAGAUUAUUGUACAUAAUGACUUCUUAAUAAUAAUACUUCUUCCCUACAAAAUAUUAUUUUAAUCUUACAAAUAUAUAUGCUGAUGGUAUACCAUUAAACAUGCAGUGAUAGAAGUGAUUCACAAUUUGCUUGUCCACAAUAGGCUGGAAAUAAUUGCACCUUGUAUGUCACUAAAACAACUGAUAGGAAUAUUUUGAAUAUUUCAAGUCACAUCAUUAAGCAGAACAAGAAAUGAGGCAAAAAAAAAAAAAAAAAAAAAAGCUAAUUAAGUGUAGUAUUUCAAUUUUGGAAUGUAUUAUAGAUUUGGAAUGGAUGGUGCUUUGUUCCCAUCUAUAUAUAGUAAAUCCCAGUUAAGGUUUGACCCAAGUAACUGGAUAUUGGGCAAGUUGGGCACUUUCAGGAAUUUGUUUAUUUUAUUCUUUUCUUUUCCUAUUUAUUUAUUGAUUUAUUUUAUUAUUAUAUAUAUUUUUUCACAUUCUGUCUAUAGCGCAUUGGUAGGCAUUUACUUCCCCUUUGAGUCAGUUAAUGUUAAGCCAUUACGCUGAUUUUAUUCCUUUAAGGAAUACAAAGAUCUGAUUCUCAUGAGUCCUGGAGUAGUCUUGUGACAGUAUCACAGGUGUGGCAGGUGGCUGGUAACAAUAUCCACAUGAUUGAUGAUACACAGUAUAAAAUGUUAAAUAUUAACUAAAUACUUGCAACUAAGUUCUUAGUGUUUUUGUAUUAUUUCUAGUCUCCAGCUACAUAUUUACUCUGAAACUUAUGUUUUAUCUGGUGGUUAACUGUAAAAAUCAUUGAGAAAAAAUUAAAAGAAUUACUUGUGUUGCAGAGAUAUUUUGAUGACAAAGUAUGACACACAUACACACAAAACAAUAAAGAAAUAAAUAAAAUAUGUGAUAUGGGAGUUACAAGUUUGGAGUAAUGUUACAAAAUCCAAAAUUACAAAUAUAUAAUGAAGGAAGACACAAGG